UAUCGCGCCGCGAGUUUAUGUGAGUCAUUUCCAAUUAUUUAUUUUGCAGAUCAAAAUAAUUUCGUGAAAUUGUUUAACAUUUAUCCUUUGUAGAUUAAAAGUGACUUUAAUUUACUAUUUAAGAUUUAUCUGGAUAGGUACCUAUUCAGGUGAAGCCGCAAAAGUAGGUACCGGUGAAAAGGUACCUACUGCCGAGAGAUGACUUACUUACCGAUCACACUGGCGGGCAAUAACCUCGGUGAACGCCAUCGCCACCUCAACUCGUUGGUAAACGAUGCUUAUGUGAAGAAAGUACCAUUUCAAUCAAUAAAGAAUGCUCCUGAGUCAUCAGCCGUGGACAGAUUAUUCAAGAUUGAUCUGGCAUCCAAACUUCGUCAAACAAACUAUAUUUUCUCAAACCUAAAAGAUACUGAUAUGCUCUAUGUCAGCAGAGCGCUCCAAUUAUGGUUAUUAGAACCUCAAUACCAGGACGUCAUGAAUCCUUCGUAUUUAGAAUCUUUGCUGUAUCCAGAUAUGACAACAACAGCCGUAAAUAAAAUGAACAACUGGCUGCAUGUUCAUUUGAAAGAUCCUGCAAGGUGUCUUGAGUUCUUUCAAUAUUAUUCGGGGAAAAACUUUGAUUUAGCAUUGAAAUUUCUUUGGAAUUGUCCCGAAAACGUUAUAGCUGAUACGAUUGCAAAAUCACCGAAAAAGAUAACACCGAAACGUAUGAUGUUACUUUGCGAAAAGUGCCCGCGAGCUGUGCGCACUUUCUAUGAAGCAAUGUCGAAGGACAAAGAUCUCGUUGACGAAUAUUUACAUUAUGAAGGUAAUUACUUCCGCUGUCUUUCAAAUCUGAUCAACACAGAUUCUGACUUGCUAUUAGACAUUGCUGAAAAGUAUUAUAACUCAAAUUGUUGUAACCCCUUCAGUUCUGCGCUCACUCGGGUGGUUAUGAGCAAGCAUAAGGAUCGAUAUAUUAAGAAACCUGAACUGUAUGCAGCUUGGCUCCUUCACACGCCAACAUUAGCAAAGUUUUUGAACAAUGAUGAAAUUAAAGAUAUUGUACUCAGACUAGCCAGAGCAGAGUACCUCGGCUCAUAUUUUUUUACAUACAAACGUGUAGAGCCGCUGAUCAAACGACUCAGUUGGGAGGAAAGAGAAGCCUUUAAAAAGCUGGUAUUUGUUGAUAAGUGCGUUAGUAACAAAGUUAAAGAUUGGCCUUAUCCUCCUCCGAAGUCACCAUUUGUACGAAGUGAUUUAGGCCAUCAUGUUUUUGAAGACAAUAAGUUUGAACCCUAUGGCGGUGGCAAUAUCGUGCCAAUGUCGCUGUCUUUUAGAUGCGGUUUUAUGAAACGGGGUUGCAGAUUGAAACAAUCACUACAUAAGGUCGAAACACUUUUAGACAAGCUUUUUAAUAAAUAUAGGUGCAUUAACUUCAAAAAUACAUUUACUGAGUUGAGCAAACAGAUACCUGCAGAAAGUUCUGUCCAAAUGCGAGAGUACAUGAUGCUUGUAUUGGUCAGCAAGACUGGAGGUCGCGUGGAGUAUGUGAAAGAGGUUUUGGAGUUGCUUUCAACGAAACACAAUAAUGAAGCUGAUAAUUUCCGUGCCACCAUUGUGCGAAGUUUGGUGAAACGAGCUAAUGUCUGGCGCCUGCCGAACGAUAUCUGGCAGCUACUUAUAAGAUUUGCACACGGCCUCGGCUUAGAUGGCGAGUAUUCUUCCGAAAAAUGUUAUGAGGGUCUGCACGCUGUUGUACUCCGAAAUGUUUUAUUAGAUGAAGAAUGCUCGCCUAAAGUAUUAUCUGCAUUUAUUGAUGAAUUUUCAACCUUUUCUGAAUAUAACUUAAAUGAAGACGAGAAACGUAGUGUUGUUAACAAACUACCAUUUAUGCUUCUUGCGUCCGCGAAAGAACAAACCGAUAUCAAUAAAGCCAUAGUAAGGCUGCAAGCAGUAAUGAAUGUUUUGAAAGAUUAUAAAUUAAAAAUUAAUCACUGCCCUGAACUUCUUCCUCUUGUUACCAAGUUAGCGCGUCAGGACACCGAAGCUUGUGUUAUGUUAUUGCAACAAUUAUACUACGCAAAAAUAGCCAGAAAAGAUUUAUGUCGUGAAAACUUCACGUUUUUACAGAGAAAUGCGUCGUAUUUGAAUGUCUUACGACAUGACUCCGAAAUACUUAAAAAUACAGAUAAGUUCGAUGAAUUAGUAAAUAAAAAACUUGACCACGACAUUUUUCUUCGCAAAUUGGCUAUAUAUUUUUCUGAAAAUCAAGGUUUAGCUCAGCAUUAUCUAAGUAAAAUAGAUAAGGAAAUUGCAAAAGAUCCACGAGCAGACCUUAGUCGUUCCUUCGCGAUAUUAGCUGGUUCGACGCUCUUAAAACGAUUGCAAGAAGUAGAUAGUAUUGAUGAAAAAACUACAGAACAGAAGCGAUUAGCGGCAGCUUUAAGAGCUUACGGACAUUUAGCAAGACCGCAACUAGACUUGAAUGUUUUGGGUUGGCGUAAGGCUGGGGUUAAAGCGGUGGCAAAUCAAAUAUCCAUCUGUAGUAUUAAUAAAGUAGACGAAAACAUAAAAUUGUUAUGUGAUUGGCCACGUGCUGCUAGGCUUUCAUAUUUACUAGCAGAGAGGAUUGGGAGAGAAGUAGAAGUUCUUGCAAGAGUCGCGCGUUCAAGACCUACUGUCGCAAUUAAAAUAAUAAUACGUCACCUGAGGCGACGAGGUGAAACGUUUGAUCAAAAGAUUUGGGAAACGGGGAAAGAUGUUUUGGAACACAGUGAUUUAUCACAACCCAAACACUCACAUAUAAGAGAUAGGCUUUUUGAACUAAAGAAUUUUCCAGAAAGUAUCAGAGCGGAUUACGGAGCGAUCGUGUACAAAGUACUCCGAAAGGUCUCGCAAGAAGAAAGAGUACGAAUUCUGUCUGAAAUCGAGGAUUAUUUAACAAAAGCGGAUGAAAAAUUCUUUAUCGAUUUGAUACAAGAAUUUUUGGAUAACGAGCUGACAUUUGAAAAGGCUCAAAACACCAAAUAUCCCUACAGUGUUAAAAAUUGUCUAAUUAUCCGGAUUAUUGCGAAGUAUUUAUUGUUGUGUAAGAGUGAAGAUAUUCAAAAGCAACGAUUUGAAACUAUCGGUAGGAGGUUUUUGAGCCUCAUGAAGACUUUCUUUGAUGAAGCAAAUAAUGAUGCAAAAUCAAAGGACACGUUUCUUAAUUACUGGAAAAGCUUUAUGUAUAGUUUGAAAUACACAGAUGUGUUUAUGGAUACGGCUUACGUUUCAUGCUUGCCUGUGCUGCAGCAUAUUGUAGAAUGGCUAAAAGACACUAUGCCCAUCGUAGAAUAUGUGGACAGUUACAUCACGAUGCAUCUUAUUAUGUUAUAUUACAAAGCAAUCAGACAGAGUAUUAAACAGAACCCAUUGAUUUUCUCAGAUAAAACCAAAACAAAAGAUAUUGGAGUGGACAUUGUCAGCUUUAUUUACGGCAAAUAUAUAACUCAUGAAGUGAUACAAUUAAAAGCCGAAUAUUUCGAGUCGAUUGUAGAAAUUUACGCCAAAGUAUUGAUAGAUUAUUUUUCAGCUGCUUUCCAUGCAGGCAAAAGCUUUGGGAGGUUUGUGUCUGGCUUGAUAAAAGGAAUGUUGGAAGAAAAAGAUAGCACCACUAUAUUAUUGGCUGAAAAGGUAUUCUUAGAAUACAUGUAUUCUUUAAAUCAACUGAAAGAUGAUAAAAUAUUAGAACUUCUGAAAGCAAAUGACGAUAAACAGCUGAAAUUCUUUUUGAGUGCUGAUUUUGAAGAUAAUAUAUUCGACGAAUGUUAUUAAUGCGAUAGAGAUAUCAACGAAAGGAGAGAGGAAAAGGAUAGAUUAGGAAUGAACUUUAGUAUUCUUGCAAGAAAAAAUAUUAUUUACAUAAGAUUUGGCAGAAGAAAGUAGUAGGUACAUCGAGAAGGGUACAUCAGUAGCUGGGUAACCAAAUACUAUAAAGACCAUAAAAAAAGCGGACGUAUGUUCCUCAUGACAAUAAAAUUUGUAAGUUGUAACACAGAAAGGGAUCUGAAGGGAUUGGACACUGUUAUUUCUUAAUGAUUUUAAUUGCGGUCUUUGAGCUUUGUUGUGUUCUAAUCAAAUGUAUUGAAAAUAAUAUAUUUCUUGUUAUUUUCCCUUUUGGGUCUCUUUUUUUUGGUAACCAACCCCUUGUUAUUGAGAAACUUGUUAAGUAACUGUGUGCAAUAACAAUAAAAUUUUAAAAAUUAUAGCUAUUGUAAAAUAUUUAAAUUCAUCGAAGUGUCUAUAACUGUGUUUGCAAUUAUGUACCUCAAGUACAGGGUGUCACAAAACGGAUGUUUUACACCUGCCUACAAAAGUUCUCUGAGUACAAUAUUACACAAAAAGUACAUUUCCAUUAUAUAUACAUGUCGACAAUAAUUACGUACAUUUGCUAUUAAACCUCUUUAAACUGCAUAAGGUAUUUAUAAAAGUUUAAAAAAUACUGUUAUAAAAGUUUAUCUAUAGUGAGAAACUGUUUGUUAUACUAUAAGUCUAUAUAGAUUGCUUGAUACAGCCGAAACUAGCAUAGUUAAAUAAACCACGUAGAACGCGCUUGUGCCUUUGGAUAAUAAAAAUAAAACCAUUUUAAUGCAACAUUUUAUUACAAGAUAACUUACAUCAAGCGGUUAAAUUAAUAACAAAAUAAUACAACGUAUAAUAAGUGCAGACGACAGCCAUGUCAUACAAAUGUAUGAAGACUUAUUUCAUUUGGUAGGUUCAAUUUUCGAGGUGCCACUGCGCUAAUUUGUUUCCAUUUUUAAAAUAUUAUCAUCGCGUUAUAUAUAACACAAGUCUCGAACUUCCAUCGAGGCUAACUCAUUGUGUGUGAUUUGAUUUAUUUUUUUAUGGGAUGAAGAAAAUUUAUAGUUUUCAAUAGAUAAAUACGAAAUAAAUGCAGAUCGUUAGAGAAACCAUGUGAAAAUGAUCUUUUUUCAUACGUGUUGAAUAGAGUCUGAAUUUAAGGCAACAUAAGUGUAAAAUUAAUGUAUUAAUCUGUAUUAGGAUCAAAAAUGUUCAGAUUUCAUUCAUUUAGGGCUUAUAUUCAUUGGACAUGUUUCAAAAGAUAUGAAUUUCUUUAAUUUGAUACAACAUCGACUAAAUUUAUGCGCAGUGGACUAAAAAUAAAUAUAAUAACGCUGUUAUCAUAUUUCAUGAUGGAUUGUUCUAGAAUUUACUGCUUUGAAGCUAAGUGUACAUUAUGUUAAAGUUUACAAUUUUAUUUUUGUUUUUGUUAUAAAUAUAUGCUUUUCACUGUAAUUUAUUGUGUUUUAUUUCAUACGAAAUUAAGACACUUUUGAAGUAUU